CGGCGAGGUUAGUGAAAAUGUUAGUAACAAAAUUAUUAUUUUUAUUUAGCAUAGUGGUGGUAGCACCAGGGCGUCGACUAAAGGAUGAUAAGGAUGAGGAUGUGGAUCUAUCGUGGCCUGAAGAGUACCACUGCGAAGCGAGGCGAAUGUACCUCUCUGCCAAUUUGAUUGAAAAUUUUAAAAUAUGGCGCACCGAGAAAAAAUCCAGAGUCGACUACAAUGAUGGCGCAGUAAAGAGCAUUAUUGUUCCAACGAAGUCAAGGAGGAGUCAUGGAAUGAGAUAUUAUAUCUUUCCAAAAACUACCAACUAUGAAGAAAACGAAAUGGCUUGUGAAAAAACAAAAGGUAGCAGGGGCGAGCCAGAAGAGCCGGUGGAUCUGUUGCCAAACACUUUUGAAAACUACGUAGCAGUGGAAAACGACACUAUCUUCGGCGUACCUGUUACUAAGUUUUUUGCCGAAAAGGAAGAAGAUGGUUCGAAGUACAAGUUGACACUAUGGGCUAAGUUUGACUCUGAUUUUGAUUCUUGGAUACCUAUCAAAUAUGACGAGGAAGUGUACAACUCCUGGUUCGGAUACCUGGACCAUCACGACAUAUGGGAGUUCUAUAACUACGAGAAGGAUUUUGCGGAUGACGUCUUCGAUGUGUCUUCUUAUGAUUGUGUUGAAUCUGGCAAGACAUCCCUGGAAAAUGAAAUAAGUUUUAAACACCCAAAUAAAAAUGACCAUAUCGAUCGAGUUUUUAAUGCGUAUAAAGAAAAACACAAUAAAGUAUAUUCAAACGAAAAGGAGCACUCAAUUAGAAAGAGGAUCUUUCAAAAAAAUAUUAGGCUCGUCGCUGCAAGGAACCGUCAAAACCUUGGCUACAAACUAUCCCUGAACCAUUUCGCUGAUCGCACCCCUGAGGAAAUGAGGAAGCACACAGGGCUGGUGAGGCGUCAGGCGAGGAAACCUGGCAAUAUCCCGUUCCCUUACGAUGAGGCAAAGGUUAAAUCUAUGAGCGACAGCCUACCUGAUGAAUAUGACGCACGGCUGAUGGGACUAGUCACCUACAUUAAAAAUCAAGAAGAUUGCGGGUCGUGUUGGACCUUUGCCACCACUGCAGUGAUCGAGGGCGCCAUCGCCAGAAAUAAUGGCGGGAAACUGGUGUCACUCAGCAACCAGGCGCUCAUUGAUUGUGCGUGGGGAUAUGGUGCGGCAGGAUGUAACGGUGGCAGCGACGACGCAGCCUACGAGUGGAUUAGAGACUAUGGUCUGCCCACUGAGGAGGAAUACGGCCAGUACGCUAACAGGGAUGGAUUCUGCAAAAUCGACAACAUGACCAGGACCUACACCAUCAAAGGCUUCACAGACAUUACACCCAAUAGCAUCAAUGCUAUAAAGGUGGCGUUAGUUAAUCACGGACCAAUAACAACCUCCGUACACGCUAGCAAUGAGUUCUCUCUCUAUGCGGGAGGAGUUUUCUACACAUCCGAAGCGGACUGCCCUAAAAGUACGAACAUGCUUAACCACGAAGUUGUGAUCGUCGGCUACGGAGAAGAGAAUGGUGAUGAGUUCUGGAUCGUGAAGAACUCAUGGGGCCCCACAUGGGGCAUCGACGGGUACAUGCAUAUCGCUGCCCGGGACAACGUGUGCGGCAUCGAAACUGAACCCACUUAUGUUAUUGUGUAGCCUGUGAUAGCCACGGAAUUUGGAUUAGGACAAUAUAAGUGCCAUCGACCGUCUCAUUGCCUAUUUUUGUGUAAUACCAAAUAGCACAGUUACUCCAGCAAUAUAGUACCUAGUGUCGUUGAAACAGUGCUAUGAACUGGCAAUGUGUUAUGUACUGCUCAAUGGUAUACACAGUUCUUCGUAUCAAUAAAUUAGAAACAAAUGUACAGUUCAGGGCAGAUAAACCUGACUCAUAUAUUUCCAUGUAGUGACCUGCAGCAGAUCAGGUAUAGGUAUUUACACUCACCUAUUCGUGUUACAUCCGUACGUAUCCUAUUUUAAAAAUUCAAAUUUCGACGGAAAUUUGGUUCGAAUGAUUGUGUGUGUCUCACAUGUUCAUUCAAACCAGCACAGCAUGAGUGGACUCUGUCUGAGGGCUUCUUAUCAGAGUGCUACGCCUUAUGUCAGUCAGGUGACGAUAAACUUACGCGUCUAUGACACUUAUAUUGUCUUAAUAAAAAUCGGACUUUGAGGAUACCUUAUUAUUUUAAUUGUAUAUUUUUUAACAGCAAGCUCAAUAUGCACGUGGAAUUUUUAUUAGUUAAUUAGUUGAUAAUUUAAUAUAAUGAAUCUAGAAGCUAA